CUGAUUUGUAGGCGGUAUCGACGGAUAUAGUCUUUAAAAAAUAAGAAUCUAAAAAAUAUGGAUCCAAAAAAAACCGUAUUAAAUGGAGAUGUUUUGAAGAAUAAUACAACAUUUCCUGAGGAAAUUCCUCAUGUAGAUGAAGUAGGAGCAACAUCAGCACCUCUUAAAGCAGCUUCAUAUUUUAUCGGAGCACGUUGUAAGGCGUUUAAUGAAGAUUAUAUGCUUUGUAAAGCAGAAAAUCGAAGAAAACUUGAAGAACCAUGUUUAAAGGAAGGUUUCCGUGUUACUAGAUGUGCAAUUAGUGUUUUAGAAGAUUUACAUACAUAUUGCUCAGAUCAGUUUAAAAAAUAUUGGAAAUGUCUAGAUAGCCAUAAUCAUGAAUUUCGUUCAUGUAGAAGCCAAGAGAUGGAAUUUAAUAAAUGUGUUUUUGAUAAUUUAAAACUCGAAAAAGUGAUUCCAGGAGUACCAGAAGGAGAAGAGCCCAUAUUCCUAAAGAAAAAACCUAUUUUCUAA